AUGGCUGCGCUAGGUCGAAUCCUGACAGCGGAUUCUCAACUAGGUUUCAGGUCCGUAAAACAGAUCCUCGAUUUCCUGUUCGACUCCGUGGCCCUGCUCAUCUCGUCUCUAGUUAACAGCCCACCCCGCGUCUGCAUUGCGACUUCUCAAUUCGGGGCGUAG